AUGCGUAUGAACCCAGACAUGGACGAUGACGAGAAGGGAAAACUGUUUGUUGGUGGUCUAUCAUGGGAGACGUCUCAAGAGAAUCUGCAGCGGUAUUUCUCUCGCUACGGCGAUGUGAUCGACUGCGUGGUGAUGAAGAACAGCGAGUCGGGCCGCUCGAGAGGCUUCGGCUUCGUGACUUUUGCUGAACCAUCGUUGGUUAAUGUGGUUUUGCAAAAUGGACCCCAUCAACUUGAUGGCAGAACAAUCGAUCCGAAACCAUGCAAUCCUCGCACGCUGCAAAAACCUAAGCGCGGAGGUGGCUAUCCCAAGGUGUUUCUUGGGGGUCUCCCCUCCAACAUCACUGAGACCGACUUGCGCGUUUUCUUCGGUCGCUACGGCAAGGUCAUGGAGGUCGUCAUUAUGUACGAUCAGGAGAAAAAGAAGUCUCGUGGCUUUGGAUUCCUGUCGUUUGAAGACGAGAUCUCUGUGGAGCGAGUGACCCAAGAGCAUUUUAUCAACCUCAAUGGGAAACAAGUGGAGAUCAAGCGUGCAGAGCCCCGCGACGGGUCCGGCAAGCUGGGCUCGGGCUCGGGCGGCAUGGGCGGCGGGGGCAUGGGUGGCGCUCCCGGCGACGCGCCCGCCGCCGGCCAGUGGGGCCCGCCCCAGGCCGCGCCCAUGAAUAUCAUACAGGGGCACAACGGACAGAUGGGCGGCCCGCCCAUCAAUAUGCCCAUGGCUGGACCUAAUAUUAUGCAAGGCUACCAAGGCUGGGGCACGUCCGCGGGACAGACGUCGUACGCGGGGUACGGCGCGGCGGGCGGCGCGGGCGGGCCCGGCAACUACCAGGGCUGGGGCGCGCCGCCCGCCCAGCAGGCGCCGCCGCACGCGCCCGCCUGGCCCGCCACCAACAACUACACGCAGCACGCGCAGCCGCCCGCGCAGGGAUACGGCAGCUACGCAAACUACAGCUCGGCCCCCGCGGGCGCGUCGGCCGGCGGCAGCUGGACCAACUGGAGCAUGCCGCAGAACUCCAACUCGACUGGCUCUGGGUCGUACGUGCCUCUGUCCGAGGGCGGCGAGAUGUACGGGCGCGGCGGCAGCGCGGCCACGGGCGCGGCGCCGCUCGCCGGCGCGCUGUCCUCCGCUGCGCUGUCCAAGUCCUCGUCGGCGGACUACUCCACCUACCAGCAGUACCCGCCCGCCUACCAGCAGGACCAGUUGGUCGAUCAGGGCCCACAAGAGUGGCUCCUCCACAAAGAGAAU